UUUUGACCUAAAUUGUUGUUAAAGGUUUCAACAGUUGGCUGCAAGAUUGUGCAGCAAUUUCACGUUACCUGUUAAAAAUUGUUUGACGUUUGUAGGGAUUAAUUUCAUUUGGAGAAAUGGAUGAAGAAUACGACGCCAUCGUCCUUGGAACAGGACUUAAAGAAUGCAUUUUGAGCGGUAUGUUAUCUGUUUCUGGUAAGAAAGUCCUUCAUGUUGAUCGUAACAAGUAUUACGGUGGCGAGUCGGCCUCCAUCACUCCGCUGGAGGAACUUUUUACACGUUUUGGUGCGCCACCUCCCGAUGAGACGUAUGGGAGAGGCAGGGACUGGAACGUGGAUCUGAUCCCUAAGUUUUUAAUGGCAAAUGGUUCUCUCGUGAAGUUAUUGAUCCACACUGGUGUAACCAGGUACCUUGAAUUCAAGUCUGUUGAGGGGAGCUAUGUGUAUAAAGGUGGGAAGAUUUCGAAGGUCCCAGUGGAUCAAAAGGAAGCUCUUGCUUCUGAUUUAAUGGGAAUGUUCGAGAAGCGAAGGUUUCGCAAUUUUUUAAUUUACGUGCAGGAUGUAAGAGAAGAUGAUCCUAAAAGUUGGAAGGAUAUGGAUCCCAACAUCUUGACGAUGCAGCAGAUUUAUGAUAAAUUUGGUUUGGAUAAAAACACCCAAGAUUUUACUGGCCAUGCUUUGGCACUUUACCGUGAUGACGAGUACUUGAAUGACAAGGCUCUGCAGACCAUCAGGAGAAUAAAGCUGUACAGCGACUCGCUGGCCCGUUACGGCAAGUCGCCGUACCUGUACCCCAUGUACGGGCUGGGCGAGCUGCCCCAGGGCUUCGCCCGGCUGAGCGCCAUCUACGGUGGCACCUACAUGUUGGAUAAGCCCAUAGACGGGCUGGUGUUGGAGGAAGGCCGGGUGGUUGGGGUGAGGUCCGGAGACGAGGUGGCUCGCUGCAAGCAAGUGUACUGCGACCCCAGCUAUGUCCCGGAGCGUGUCAAGAAGACGGGCAAGGUUGUGCGCUGCAUCUGCCUGAUGGACCACCCUGUCCCGGGCACACGCGAUGCGCUCUCCACUCAGAUCAUCAUCCCGCAGAAGCAGGUGGGGCGCCGCUCGGACAUCUACGUGUCGCUCGUGAGCUACACGCACCAGGUGUCCGCGCAGGGCUGGUUCAUCGCCAUGGUGUCCACCACGGUCGAGACGGACAACCCCGAGAUGGAGAUCAAGCCAGGUCUGGACCUGCUGGGGCCGGUGCGCCAGAAGUUCGUGGUGGUGAGCGACUUCUUCGAGCCGACAGACGACGGCACCGCCUCCCAGAUCUUCAUCUCCAAGUCGUUCGACGCAACGACCCACUUCGAGACCACCUGCGACGACGUGCUCGACAUCUUCCGGCGGGGCACGGGCGAGGACUUUGACUUUUCCAAAGUGAAGCACGACCUCGGCGACGAGGAGCAGUAGGUGGUUCGUGCUCGCUCACUUCUGCAUGAGUACCUAUAAUUUAUACCUAAUUUGGCUGCGAUGCCUGAUGUGUGGUACCACUGAACGCCUGGGUUCAUCCUCCUGUGGGCUGUGCUGGAUAUUUGUAAACUAUGCAGUUUAUGGAGUUUUCUAACCACACAUGUUGUUACUUCAGGUGUGGUGCAUCUCUGUCUGAUUAGUUUUGGCAACUUAUAAGUUCUGAAUUUGCUUGGGAAUCAAAAGACGUUUGUGCUAAAUUAAUUGAAGGCAUUUUAAAUUUAAAAUCAUGUGGACAUUGUUAGCAGUAGUUUAGGAUUAUACUGAUGUUCAUGUUGACUUGGGGUGUAGGUAUUUGUGUACAGCUGCUUGUAAUUGUUACGUAGCAUAUAUCCUUGCAGUGUUGCUUUGAGGUUCUGAAACAAGUAUAACACAACCAGUGUAUAGUUCUGCUCCCAUAUAGCUAAUUGCGUGGGAGAUGUGAUGUGGAAGUGAGGUCGCGAAGCCAUUCCUGAGCACGCAGUGUAAUAAAUGUUCCUUCAACCUCUCACAGUUGAGGUGGCUUUAUUUAAACCACAUCGUGCAGAGAUAGUUGCUGGUCAGUUAAGCCAGCAGUGAGCAGAACACAACAUACGGAUCACCGUUGUUUCCAAGUGACAACUUGUCUGGGUUUAGGUUAAACACUAUCCAUUUUGCUACACUCGGCUGUUCAAAACUUUUCACAUGCUUGAUUUACGUUGGCGUACGUCUUUCUACACUUGCGGUUGGUGUUCAGUUUUUUUUAAUAAGUAGCACAUAUAUAGGUACACAUGGUAUGAAAAAUAUGUUUUCAAAUUUCAAAAUUAAUCAUUAUUUUCUACUUAUAAACUUUUAUACGUUACUGUUAAUUAUAUCAUUGAUAAUAAUUUAAUCUUAUUAUGUUGUUAAUUUCUUGUACACGUGUAUAUGAUAUUCCAAUUUAUUGUAAUGACAAACUGAAUAAAAUGUUUGAAAAAUAAA